AUGUCUGCCUCCGGAGGUAUACCAACCUACACUUCUGCGCCUGUCAAUGGAAACAAGGAAGAAAGCACACAGGCGUCCACCUCGCAUCCAGAACCCGCCACCGCAAUCGAGUCAUCAAUCACAGCGCCCUCGCAACCCGCAACCACCACUGCGACUGCAACUGCUACAGCGCCUUCCUACUCCCCCAUCUACGCAACUGCGCAACCAGAAGCUCCUCCAGCCCAACCCGGCACAGCACCAAGUCUGCCCGUCCCAACAGGCGCCGCUUCAAGCAACCUCACAGCAACACCGACAACCACCUUUCCAACCGCAACAUCGAUAUCUACAUACUCCCCGCCGGCUCCCCAGCCAGGCGCAGUGCCACAGCCUCCAACCAAAGCAACAGGCUCUCCAGUACCCCCUCCGCCGAAAGUAGGCGAGACCGUCACUCAACAUCCGUCACACCCUCCAGCCACAUUCACUCAAUCCUAUUCUUACCAGCCUGCUUCUUCUAUCCCAAAUUCAACAUCAACCCCUUACUCCUCAGUCUACCAAACGCACGCCGGUGCAAGCUCUCGUACCCAGGGUCUCCCGUUGCACUCUUCGAGCGGUGGAGGCGGAGGCGCGAAUGAUAUCUUCAAUGACGAGCCUUCGUUUAUGAAUACGGCUAAGUCGUGGUGGCAGACUGCUGGGACGAAGCUGGCGGAGGUCGAGGCGGAGGUCUGGAAGCGGAUCAAUAAUGCUCAUGAUGAGUAG